CAGGAGUUGUUGGAGCAGCAGGUGGGGCAAUAUCACAUCCUACCCAACAUGCAGCAGGAGAGGAAUGAUACAAGAUGUCUGCCACAUUCUCGCUGCCCCGGCCUCCUCUCUAAUAAAACCUAAAAACCCAACGCCUCUCCACAUUCAAACGCUCGAACCAAACCAGUCCGAGAGUCCAAACCCCUCCACUCCACGGACACUACCAUCUCAACAGAAAAGUUGAGAGCAAAGUUGAAAGCAAUCAAAGACCAUCGGCGAGGAGCCGGCGCGGCAAUGGGGAGCGCGACCAAGAUCAUGAGGGCGGCGCUCCACGCCUUCUUCUCGCACUACCACCCGGCGGCCUCCGCGGCGGCGCUGCUCGCGCUUCCAUUCUCCGCCGCCGCGCUCCUCUCCCGCUCGCCCGCGGCGUCCCUCCUCCCGCCGCUCUCCCUCCGCCUCCGCCGCGUCCUCGUCGCCGCGGGGUUCCCGCCGGCGUCCCAGCUCCUCUUCCUCCUCAACCACAAGCUGUCGCAGUCCGUCUUCUCCUUCCUCGCCACCCUGCCCUUCUCCCUCUCCUUCCUGCUCCUCGCCAAGGCCUGCGCCGUGCGCGCCGUGCAGGCGCCCCCGCCGCCGCAGAAGCAGCGCCACCACGAGCUGUCAGCGCUUCCCGCGUCGUGCCACCGCUACCCGGCGAUGGCGCGGACGCAGCUCGCCAACUUCGCGGCGCUCCUGCUCGCCAACGCGGCCGUGUUCGCCGCGCUGCUCGCGGCCUUCAAUGCCGCGGAGGCGCUGCGGCUGGGCUCCGACGGCAGGGCCGUGCUGGCGCUCUCGGCCGUGGGCGUCAUCGUCUACUCCGUCGCGCUCGCCAACGCCGCCGCCGUCUGCAACCUCGCCACCGUCGUCGCGGCCGCCGAGGGCCGGGGCGGCUGCCACGCGGUCCUCAAGGCGCUGCUGCUCGUCCGGGGCGACGCCGCCACCGCCGUCGCCGUGGCGCUGCCGGCCAGCCUCGCCACCACCGCCGUGGAGGGGCUGUUCCAGCUCAGAGUCAUGAAGCUGUACAUGAUCGACGGCAGGAUAAGCUCGGCCAUGGUUUGCGAAGGGCUCCUGAUUGCCUACAUUCACUCCAUGAUCUGUGUUCUUGACACCGUCAUCACCUUCAUGGUCUACCAGACCUGCAAGGCCACCCACUAUUCUCGUGAUCUGUUGGAGUUGGAAGAGAAAGGGGAUUUAAUUGCCUGAUGAAUAUCUUAAGAGUCUUACUUAAUCACUAGAGAGCCUGGAGCACAAACCUCUCCUGCAUGAUGAUGGUGAUGCUCAUUGCUAUUUUUUUUUUAAAUCUAGUUUUUUUAUCCUUUUGUUAAUGCUGGUUCUGGGGACAUAGGUGCUGUUAGUAUAAUUAGGAAGGUGCAUCAGGUCCAUUAGAUGGCUAAGGAGGUCAAUCUGUAAAUAAUUGGAAAACUGGGGUUACCAUAAAGAUUUGUUAUCCAUCAGACUUUGGUUAAA